UGCUGCUCGUGUGGAAACCAAAGCUCACAAUCAUCCAAGAAAAGAAAUUCACUGGCUGUGCCUGUACGUGGUCAAGGCGAGAUAUAGCUAAUGAUGUCCGUCACCUCGAUAUUAAUCGCUGCCCUCGUUUUCUGUAGCUUCUGCUCAAGUCAUGUCUCUGGCAGAGACUGUGCCUUCGAGUUCAAAAGUACAUUCAGUAGGGUCCCCCUUGGGAUUGGUGCUAGUCUGCAAAAGGAGUGCGUAUAUCGAUCCAACUGCCUCUCGGAGGUCAAUGUGUACUUAGCGGACAAACCCAUCAGCAGUCUUUAUCACUCUUUUUACAAAAUUAGUCAUUCGUAUGAUCGUCGGAAUAAAUUGUACAAAUACACAUUUUCAUUUUCCAGAUUUGAUAUUUCAUACCAUGGAUUAUAUCGCUGCGUAAUUAAUGAGAUUGGUAAUAAGGCAAACCAAAUGUCCAAUGAUCUUGUGUUUACAAUACCUGAUUCCCAUGAAGGCCUGGUGCAGGAGUGUUUCUUGCCAACUGUUAAAGACAUUGUAGUUCAAUCUUUCAUCUUUCCCAACGGAAGCGUGGCAGUCAACCUGACCUGGAACAUUACAGAGAAAAAUUCAGAAAACAUCCCAUAUUGCUCCGGUUCCAGACACUGGAGAGUUAAAAUUCAAUAUUUUUCGACUGUGGACAACACUCCUGGUGAUAGAGACACUAGUACUAGCACCAAGGAUGCCAACGGGUGGAUAAACGUUCCUGGACGCCGACAGUAUUACAGUUUUUCACAGCUCUUGGACAAUGUCACCUAUUAUCAGUUUCUAGUGUCUAAUCAGCCAGAAAGGGUUUUGGAGGUUGGAAGAUACAGAUCUCUUGGCUCUCACAUUUAUUACUUUGGAAGGCAAUCUCCGCCAGCCAUUGAUCAAACUUUAUCAAAUGUUGUGAUGGAUGAAAUGACGUCUGAGACUGUCAAGUGUACAGCUAGAGGGUUUCCCACUCCGUUAGUGAGAUGGAUCAAAGUUGUUUCAAACGGUGUAGGCAUCACACAAAGAAGUGGAUAUGGUAGCAGCACUCUUAUUCUCAAUGAUGCCACCUCUGACAUGAGUGGUGAAUACUACUGCCUGGCUCAGAAUGUGCAAGUCAAUCCGCCAGAAGGGAAAAGACUGGUGGAUAAAGCACGCUCGGUUUUUGUGACAGUGAGAGAAUACAAUUCAUCAAAUGACUUACGUUGCGAAUUUGCAGACUCUGCAAUACCAAGCUCUUUCUGCCGGAGCUAUUUACAUAACCAGCUUCCAAUUUAUAUCAACACGUCCUCAGAGAGCCAAGAGGGCUACAUCAGCCUAGCCAUGACCAACAUCAGGGACAAUACGAAGGAUCGGAAGUGUGAGGAUUUGGCUAAGAGUCUCCUCUGUCACACAGUCUAUCCUUACUGCGAUGCCCGCCAGCCUUUGAGACCACUACCAAGGCCAACAUGCAAUACAACUUGUAAUGAAUUCAUUCAUGGAAAGUGUUCAGCUGAUGCCGAGAGGAUAAAGAGAGAGCAUCCCUCAGUCUACCAGACAAUAAUCAGUAUGUGCCGGUCCAGUGAAGGCGGUGAAGCCCCUGAAUGUAUACCAUUGAGUUAUGAUGCUUCCAGAAAAGAUCAAGUCCAGUCGGUUGAGGACACAGGCUCAUGUGUUCGUGGCAAAGGGAUCGGCUAUACUGGGAGACAGGACCGGACCCGCUCAAACCACCCCUGUCAGUUGUGGGUCCUCCAGACACCACACAGGCAUCCUAUGCUACCCUCGGUCUAUGCUACAGAGCUUCAUAAUGCUGGACAGUCUUGUAGGAACCCUGGGGGUCUGGGAGAGAGACCUUGGUGCUACACCAGUGACCCUAAUGUUAGAUGGGAGUACUGUGACAUACCCUCAUGUGACACUUGUGAUACGUACAAUGGGACCAUGUGCUCUGCUCUGGCAGGCUAUGAUAAUGCCAAUGUCUUUAUAAGGAAAGGGAGCAAGAUUGAUAGCCAGAAGGACAUCGAAGAGAAAAUCAGUCAAGUGUUCUUUAGGACUCGCUAUCAUCUCCGACCUUCUCAAGGCUGCGAGGAUAUUUUCAGGAUAUUAUUGUGUCACAGUGCUUUCCCUCGGUGUGACGAGUCUGGCCCUAAGGAGCUCUGUGGCAGACACUGCUCCUUGAGACAAUCUCUACAGAGUCUCUGUCCUUCUGUCUACAAGGAGUUUGAUAAGUUUUUCAAGAGUGAUCAAAGUUCUGGUUUCCUUAGUGAGAUGAAAUGCAAUGGCACUUGUGAGGAGCCCCUUCAAAUACCAGUCAUUGGAAAUCAAGCGUCCAAUCCGGCCAACAGCACUUAUACUUGCUACGUUAACAAGGGCAUCGACUACCUUGGAAAUGUCUCUAUUACUGAGAGCGGUGCUACCUGUCAUGAUUGGAAGUCAGAGGAUCAUCCUAUUAGCACCAUGUAUCAUCCAACACUAGCUAAUGCUCAGAACCACUGCCGUAACCCAGGAGGGGUCUUGAGAAGGCCAUGGUGCUACACUGGGUCUAACAGUUGGGAGUAUUGUCGUGUUCGUUACUGUGACAACUACGAAGAGCCGGAAGGUACCCUCCCUGGGACUAGCAGUGGAGGACCGGGCAUUGUUGAUGGAGCUCAGUCGAGCAAAAUGACAGCGCUGGUGUUUUCCCUGAUAGUGGUGCUAGUCAUAUUUGUCCUUGGUAUAGUCGGCAUGUUGAUUUUUAUAGUUUAUAUUCAAAGGAGGAGGAAGAAUCUUAAGAAGCAGGAGUCUAUAGAGUUGCAGCUUGAAGGCCUUACAAGGAAGAAGCUCAACGAUGACAGUUUUGUUGUCAACUCGAAUUAUUUCCAAGCAACGACAGGCAUGAGCAAUGAAGUGGACCUGCCCAACAACUUCCAUAAACUCAACCCUAAGCAGAUUCAAUACGCCGGUCAAUUAGGUCAGGGUAACUUUGGAAUCGUUUUCAAAGGACGUGCUUUUGGUAUAGCAUCAGACGAUGAGGAGAUAGAGGUUGCAGUCAAGACACUGAAGGAGGAGUCGUCAUCUGAGAUUAGGUCAAACUUUAUUGAAGAAGCCAAGCUGAUGUUUUCUUUCGACCAUCCAAACAUACUUCACAUAUAUGGCGUGUGCAUGACUGAGAUGCCUUACCAGAUGGUCUUUGAAUACAUGGAUGAAGGAGACUUGACCCAGUACCUUCGCUCUAAAGCCUCAAGCAUGCAGCGACGUUUAUUGAACCCUUUCGACCAUCGCUCUCGUACAGAGUCCAGUUAUUCUAACGACCCCCCGGCACUCAGUAAAACCCAGCUCCUGUCCAUAUGUAGACAGAUUGCCAGUGGAAUGGAGUACCUGGCCAGUAAGAAUCACGUGCAUCGUGACCUCGCUUGUCGUAACUGUCUCAUUAACUCCGACCUCAAAGUAAAGAUAGGAGACUUUGGUAUGAGUAGGAACCUCUACAGUCGGGACUAUUAUCGCAUCAAUGGGCAAGCCAUUCUCCCCGUUCGAUGGAUGUCCCCUGAGUCCCUCGUCUAUGGCAAGUUUUCUAUCGAGGGUGAUGUGUGGUCUUUCGGUGUCGUUAUGUGGGAGGUGUUCUCCUUUGCUCUUCAACCUUACUAUGGGCUAUCAAAUGAAGAAGUCACUGAAGCUAUUCGUCACGGGAAAGUCCUCCAUCGUCCUGAUGAUUGUCCGUCUGAAGUGUACAAUGUGAUGAAGGAAUGUUGGGACAUGGAGGCAAAGUCCCGUCCUACCUUUGAAGAGCUCCACACUGCCCUGUGCCAGUUUUCUGAGGAGGAGCUCGAUACUGAGGCUGACACUGAUGAUUUCUCGAGCGAAGAAGAGGAUAGCGAUGCCUUCUAUUCUGAAACUAAUAGUCUACCAGAGGACGAGCAUGUUGCCUCGUAAACAAAAUAAUAAUUUUAUUAUUUAAGAAGAACAAUUAACAAACAAAUGUUUUAUCAACGAGUAUUGUGCAUUAUUUGUGUUCUGUGUAUUUAAAUUUUUCAUUUAAACUCUCAUUUAAUCAUUAUUAAAAUAUAAUUUUGUCAAAGACUCGUGCAAAAAUCAA